GAUAUAAAGAUGGAAACUAAGUCCACUACCUACACAAGAAUGUGAAACUUUUGGGGAAUAUGCUGGGGGCCGAAUAAAUUCUCCAGCUGUUUCCCUUUUUUGUGUCCAGACUUCUUGCUGUUGCAGUGACUUCCCUAAGUGCAGAACCUCAGUGAACGUCGAGAAGCAAGCCAGGAGUUGAGUAGACGGCUCAUUACAUCAACUGUCUCCCCGAAGUUCCUCAGCAUGCGAAGGGGCAGUUUUUACGUCAGGUACAAGAAACUCCUCCGCAACUGUAAUCUGCUUCAGCAAACCAUAUGGCUAAAUAUCUCAAGACCUUGUUGGCUUCAGGAUUCCGGAAAUAUUUCGUAAUUUGUAUAAACAGGGUGCGAGAGAAGCAUGCCGCCCUGGCACUAGAAAGCAACGCUUCAACGUCAUCUGAUAUCAGUACAAAGGCCAUGGGAGAAGUCCUGAGGAAAUAUGACAAGGUUCAUGGCUCAAUAAACAACCUGAAAUGCCAAAAUGUGCAGCUUGAGGACCUUAAAAACCCUUGCCUCUGUGAAUUGAUGGCAUGGCACAUAAAUGUGCAGGAAAAAAAGAACAAAACUACUAUUCCUGGACUAUUGGAUGACUGCAAGCUGCAAAUAAGUGAAGGAAGAUUUUCCAUUUCAGCAUCUCUUUCCAAUUCGAGGGUGCUUGAUGUUGAUCUAACUUGUUCUAUCUGUUUGGAAGCAUUAUUUGAUCCAGUUUCUCUCACAUGUAGUCAUAUGUUCUGUUACAUGUGUGCUUGUUCUGCUGGAUCAGUAUCUACCAUUGAUGGAAUAAAGGCUGCAGAUUCAAAAUCAAAAUGCCCAUUGUGCAGAAAAUGCAAAUCUAAGUACAGCAAUACUUGAGGAAAAACCAAAAAGAAGGAGGUUUACAUUAGCUGCAUUUAAUUGAGCCUUCCUGGUAUUUGGAUAGAUUGCCAGAAUACUGGGACGAACGGCGGCAGAAGGAGCGGAAAGCACGGCUGGAAGAAGCUAAAGAAUACUGGCAGUUACAAUGUCGUGCCUUCGUUGGACUUGACUAAAGUUGGAGACCGAGAAGAAGAUCAAUCUUGGCAGUCCUCUUUCCUCUGUAUUGAGAAGAACCAAGAACUAGAUGUCUUUGCUUUUGUUUUGUUUUUCUUCAAUAUUUCAUAGAAACUGUGCUAUAUUUGUGGAGUUACAAGUGGGCUCAUGCUUCAUAGUUUGAGCAGAAAUCAGAUGGUUAACCAAAGAGAAAUCUUAAAGAAAGAAAUGUUCAAUACAAAAA